UUAGGAUAUUAAUUAUAUAUUUACUGAGUUCUGCAUAAUAUUUGCCCUUAAUUAAACACAAAAUUCAGUUCUUUAUUUGAAUACUGAAAAAUUAAAAUAAAAGCAAUGCGAAAGGUCAACGACUCUAGGGUUUUCGUUCGCUGUUGUUGGAAGAAGGCAACGCCUCUGAAGUAGAAUUAAUGUUGUAAUAAUACUAUAAGAAGUUACGUUUCUAGUUUGAUAAAUCGCUUUUAUGGUGUGAUCCUGUUUCGUGCAUUUUAUACAUAUUUAAAAUAUAACACAUGAGUACGUGACCGUUGAAUACUAACUUCCUCGAGCCUGAAGAACUGGAUUGGAGAAACUACCACCGCAUUUAUCAUUUGUACUGAACAUAUCCAUUGGUGAUAUCAUGUCGAAAAAACCAAAUCAACAACCCGCACUUCACAAAGUUAUUAUGGUUGGGAGUGGAGGUGUUGGAAAAUCAGCCUUGACACUUCAGUUCAUGUAUGAUGAGUUUGUAGAGGAUUAUGAACCGACAAAAGCAGAUUCAUAUCGUAAGAAAGUGGUACUGGAUGGAGAAGAAGUACAGAUUGAUAUUCUAGACACAGCUGGACAAGAAGAUUAUGCUGCUAUUAGGGACAACUACUUCCGGAGUGGAGAAGGAUUUCUUUGUGUUUUUUCAAUCACAGAAGAUGAAAGCUUCCAAGCUACUCAAGAAUUUAGAGAUCAGAUCCUCCGUGUGAAGAAUGAUGAGAACAUUCCAUUCCUACUUGUUGGGAAUAAAAGUGAUUUGGAUGAGAAACGGAAAGUGUCACUUACUGACGCUAAUGCGAGAGCACAGCAGUGGGGUGUACCAUAUGUGGAAACUUCUGCCAAAACAAGAGACAAUGUGGACAAGGUUUUCUUCGACUUGAUGCAUAAAAUUGCAGCACAGAAAGCUGCUGAAAACAGUGCAGAGGAAAAGGAAGAUAUGGCAACUAAAACUUGCUGUGAGAUUCUGUAAAAUAAAGUCAGCAACACAAAACAAAGUAUGGAGGGGUGUGAAAGUGAGUGAAGAUGUUGGCAACCCAACUCGUGCAUUCAUAAUUGUACUUGUAAGAAGCAAGAUAAAACCAGUAUAUUUAAAUAAAAAGCUUUAUAUACUGAUAUUUAAAAGAAUUUGGUAGUGUUUGAGAGAUAGAGCAAUCAAUAUUAACAUUUUUUUUGUCAAAGACAAUGAAGUUCAUUUUGUUAGGUAUAAUUUAUAUAUUUAAGUUAACUGCUUGGAAUAUGCCUCAUUACACAGAUUAUUUCAAGGAUGUAUUUAUGAGCUGGUAGAAGACUGAUCAGUCACAGGCAACAAAAUUUGUAUAUUUUGAUCACCUUUCUUUCUCUCUACACUAUUGCAUUUCAUCUUUUAAUUUUUAUCUGAUAAUUAAGCAUUUAAAACUGAAUUUACAAUUAAACUUCAACAUGAGAGUUUAUGCCUCUUCCUCUCUCUCAUUGUCAUUAUUUAUGGUAUACAGUGAUGCAUUUUGUCAGUGCAGCCACAACAAACCAACACUUUGCAGACUGAAUGAAGAGUUAUAUUUUGAUAGGUGACUGUACUUGUUGUAUUAUAUACUGAUGCUAGAUGAACUCAGUAGUUAUUAGAAAAUUGGCCAUAAAUUGUCAGCAGCAGUGGUUCUCAUGGCACGUCUUCAUGAUCAAUUGAAAGUUUCUGCUUUUGCAGCAAAUAUCUGUGAACCUGUAUUACCAAGUUAUUACUGUGUGUUCUGUAUAUGGACUACUAACUUGUGCAAGUUUGUUGUACGGUUUUUGUUUCUGAGCAUACUUUCUUAUGCCUGAUUGUUAAAUAUUGAGUACAAUGUGGGUAGUACAGUUUUAUCCAUUUCAUUUUUCAACAUGUUUUCUAGAUUUAAUUUGUAGUAGCUCAGAAUUUGUGACCUGUGUUCAGGGCCUGCAGCCAGUAGCAAGUUAUUUGAUAACAGAUUGACUUCAAUUAAUUAUAACCCUUAUUUUGACCUGACACUGUCAUUACACUAUUACCAAGAAUAUCUCAUAUACAGGAUAUUACAGUGUUUGUGAGGCUAGACUCAAUUUCAAAAUCAGAACACAGUGCAGAAUUUAAUGAGAUUGUAACUUAUUACAAAAGACUUCACUCAGUCUGGAAAUUAAAGUGAAAACAGAACUAUCAUUGAGAGGGCAUUGCAACAUUGCUGGAAUUGUUUGCUUAUUUAGGAUGACUGUUCCAUUUACAUGGACAUCACAACUGUAUAAGUAAUGAUAAUAAUUAAAACAAUCACUUCCUUAAACCAUGACAUAAUAAUAAGAACCUUUCAGUUAAUGUUUGUAGCUAUCCAUAAGUGAUAUAAGCCAAGUACAUACCACCAGCUCACAGUCUGCAGAUAAGUCACAUUUUGAAGAAGUGUUUCAAAUCUCUUACAUUUCCACAUGUUACAGUUAUAUGUAAUUGUAAGCUUGUAUGGGUAAUGAAUACAACUUGGUCCUCAUUAUCAUGUUUUUGUUGCUUCUGAUGUGAGAAUAGAUUGAGAAGUAUUUAAUAUGGUAUUAUAACUGACAGUGAAACAGAAUGAAAAUUUUAAAAACUGGGGCUAUGAACAGUGUCCAAAUUGUCAGUUAAAAAUAUUGUGCCCUUCUGUCAGAAACUUUGAGAUUUAGCUUAAUCAUAUUCACAUGUGCAAAAGUACUGAAAUCCUAUUGUGUUAUUAACACUGCUGUGCAAGAUAUGGAGGCAUCUGUUGUUUAAUUACCAAAAAAUUGUUCAAAUUAAUUUUCAGUUUGAAGAAAGUCGU